AUGCCUAUCAACCAACCCUCCAACCAAAUCAAAUUUACCAAUGUGUCGGUGGUCCGAUUAAAGAAAGGCAAGAAGCGCUUUGAGCUCGCCUGCUACAAGAACAAACUACUCGAGUACCGAUCAGGCGCCGAAAAAGAUCUCGACAAUGUCCUUCAAGUCCCAACCGUCUUCCUCUCGGUCUCCAAAGCCCAGACUGCCCCAUCAGCGGAGCUAGCGAAAGCAUUUGGAACUGGUACACCACGGGAAGAAGUCCUGCAGGAGAUUCUUCGCAAAGGCGAAGUGCAAGUUGGCGAGCGCGAGCGCAAAGAUAUCCUCGAGCGCGUGGAGAAAGAAGUUCUGGACAUUGUUUCAGGAAGACUGGUGGAUCCCUCAACCAAGCGCGUCUACACAUCUGGCAUGAUCCACAAGGCUUUGGAUCAACUGAGCUCUGCCAGUGGUCAGCAACAAACACAAGCGGGCGAUAACGAGGACGAGGAGAAGUCCGCGCAACCAAAGAAGCCUCUUUGGACUGGCGUGUCGUCUAACCGUUCUGCAAAGAGUCAAGCGUUGGAUGCUAUGAAGGCUCUCAUCGCGUGGCAGCCGAUUCCGGUGAUGCGGGCGCGCAUGCGUCUUCGUGUGACAUGCCCUGUGUCGCUGUUAAAACAGUCUGUCAAGGCUGCCCCUGGUGCUGCCGCCAACAAGGAAAAGGAGGCCCCUUCUGGCAAGAACAAUAAGAAGGGUGGAAAGGGAAAGAAGGGCAAGCGGGAUGAUUCAGACGUUGAGGAUGGUCCGUCUGACUUGGAUGCCCCCAAGGCUCCGGGCACGGUCAAGGAUAAGAUCUUAUCGUUGAUUGAGUCCAUCGAGUCGCAAGAGGUUGUUGGCGGAGAUGAGUGGGAGGUUGUUGGGUUUGCUGAGCCUGGUGCAUUUAAGGGAUUGAAUGAUUUCGUUGGCAAUGAAACCCGGGGAAGAGGUCGGGUCGAGGUCCUUGAUAUGUCGGUCACACAUGAGGAUUAA